AUGUCCACCGUAACAGAAAAUACAAAUUAUGUUUCCAGUUUUCUACAUAAAUUAUACACCUUUGAAUGUAAUGCAAACGGCGACGAGGACAACUCGCUAGCUUCGGUGGAGCAUGUAUGGUCGGUGACCACAGUAGCCGCAGGGGACACAGCGGUCAUCCACUGCAGCUUCGACGCCCUCUUCCCCCAACUCAAGAAUGGAAAUAUCGACUGGGUGAAGGAGUCGCCAUCAGAUGAGAAAGAACUUCAGAAACAGCAGCAACAAAAACUACAACAACAGCAGCAACAAUUCAACACCUACCGCAGCUCCAACAACAACAACAACGCACCGAACAGCCGCAAACGCAAGCGCAACCAAAACAACGAAGAGAGCGUCAACAUCAACCCAUUCCUGAACAGCAACAACAACAACGACAACAACAACCACAACAACUACUACUUCUACCAGAACUUUCAAGAUUCACAACCGACGGUCAUAGCGACGGGAAGGAACCUGGCUGUGAAAGACAAGCGCUUCAGAGUGUACAGGCCCCACAACAGCGCCCUCAGUGUCCUCAUCAUCAGACGCGUCAGAAAGUCAGAUGGUGGCUACUACAGGUGCAACCUGGCCGGCUCGAGCACCAGACACAAGUACAUGAUCCUCAAUGUUACAGAUUCAAAGAUAGAAUCUCAGACGAGUGAGAAAGAGACGCGUGUUAAGGUAGACAACGAUGUGACCCUCUGGUGCAAUGCUUCGGGAUAUCCAGUGCCCAUUGUCUACUGGACCAGGGAGGAUAGGAAUCGAACCCUUCCUGAUGGGAGCCAUCAAUAUUGGGGCAACGGCCUGUUCAUAAAAUCGGCCACAGAGUACGACAGUGGCGUAUACGUCUGCUACAUCGAUAACUUCGUCAAACCAGUCGUCCACCACAAAUUCUCAAUUAUCGUCGAAGACAAUCCAUGGAAGUUGGAUGGCUACAAGAUGCGUUACGACAGUCACAACUGGUUUCCCGCUUCCACUCACGAUCCACUUCCGGUUUUAGGAAAAUCUUUCCUGCUGAUGUGCGAGACCAGGGGAAAUCCCAAUCCGCAGCCAUCGAUCACGUGGUACAAGGGUAGGGACCCUGUGACCAAUGGGAAGAAUUAUUACAUCAUUGACGACUCCAGUGACUGGAAGAAGAAUGCGGUCUCAUCCACAUUGGUCAUUAUCAGAUAUGGACCCCAGUUUGAGGGAAGGUACGUCUGCCUCGCUAACAAUGGCUUCAGGAUUAGGAAGCAGAAAUUCCUCGUGGCUGAUCGUCCCCAACAUCAUCAUCAUCAUCAUGAUCAAUCCGGUAAUGUAGUCAGGAAAAAAGAUGGGCAAACGAUAGUCGCAACAACAGCAGCUACCACUACUACUGCUGCUGCUGCCAUUGUAGCAACUCCUCCUACUGCCAAAAAAUAUUUCGAUCCGAAGAGCAGCAAUAACAAAUUCGUCAACAACGACAACAACAACAGCAACAAUAGAAAAAAUGUAUACAAAGUUAACCUCAACAACAACAACAAUAAUAAUAAUAAUAAUAAGCAAGAUGAUGAUGAUGAUGAAAUCGUCAGCGAACAUAGCGGCUAUGACGCCGAUUAAACCUAGAAUGAUAAUAAUAAAAUAAUAAUAAAUAAAUAAUAUUACUAUUAUUUUUUUGUUGUUAUUUGAUUUUUAUUACUAUUAUUAUUACUAGCUAUCGUAAAAAAUUUUCUUGCUAGUCAGUCGAUCAAACCAAUGACAUUUCGUCGUUCGUUAUUGCAAUGUAAAAUAGAUAAUAAUAAUAAUAACAUCAACAACAACAACAACAGCAAUAAUAAUAAUAAUAAUAAUAAUGUUGAUAAAUUUAUAAAAACCUUGAAAAUUAUCAUCAAAUAUAAAACUGGCAUAUUGAUUACUGCCAGCGUAGUUUAACAUUCAAAAAUGUGGUAGAUAAAAUUUUAAGAGAGAUCACUUUGAGUUAUUUAAACUUGUGUUAAUAGUAAUAAUAAUACUAAUAAUAAUAGUAAUUAUUAUUAUUAAUUAUAAUUAUUGUUAUAUUUAUUGUCAUAAUUGUUUUGAACUGACUAGUUGAUUUCUUUUAAACUGUUUUUCUUGCGACGAUUUUUCGAAAAAUUUAUCAACGUCAUCCUGUUUUUCAAAGUUUCAAAGUCCGUUUUAAAAACUUUUUAACGUAUUUCAUGCUUUCAGAGACAAAACGCUGAUAAAAUUAA